AUGGAGGAAAAUGUUGGAGAAGACGAGAGCGAAAUCGACAGUAUCACUUCUUCUCAGAGAUCUUUCUUAAAGAGCUGCCCUUUCGCUGACCCUGAUUCUCCUCUGACGAAAUCUUCCGGCGAUUCGGUCAGGACUGAGAUUCUCGGGAAUCCGAUUUCGCCGACGGUUGUUCGAACUCCGGUUCUCUCGUUCUCUACUCCGACCAGCCUCGAUUCUAUCAACGAUGAAGACGUGUUCCGUACUCCUCCUGAGAACGCUUCUCUCUCCUCUGCCGCCGAUUCUGAACCCAGAGUUAGGGUUUCGGAGAUGAUACCUCCGUCUUCUAAAUCCGAGACGACGCCUGUUUCUGCUUCACCGUCUCUUACGAAUCGUCUUUCUGAUUCCGUGCCUGCUCUGUCUUCUCCGACGACUGUCGUGGCUGACGAUGUUAGGGUUCCGGGAAAGCAUUCCGAUCUCGAUUCUCCUUCUCCGAUUGCGAUCGAAAGAACCGUGGUUUUGGAAAAUCAACCAGUUUCUGAUUCUAAUCUGAGUCUCGAUUCUUCUUCUUCUCCGUCUGCAACUGAAACGGAAAAUCCUGGUGGAGACAAAACUGCGAUUCCCUUCAAAGAAGUUAUCGAAGGCCUUCUUCGUAACAAUGGAGAAAAAUUAGACGAAAGAGAUGAUAAAGUUAGCUACUUUGAAGUCCUCAAACAAUGUGGCCUAAGAUUCCCGUAA